UCUACAACUUUAUGACAUUAACUUAUUACUUCAAUUUCACAAUUAGAACCUAACAAAGUAAUUAAAACAAAAAUGGAAAGAAUAAGAAAGAAUUAUAAGACAGAAGAGAAGAAGAGAGAUCACGAGCUUGAUAAUGGAGUUCGCUCAAUAUGAGCUACAUCUCCGGGUCCGCUUCUCAAAGUAGGGCUGCUUUAUUGAUGACACCAAGCAUUAAUCGCCUUAUUACAUCAUCCAAGCUUUUAACCUGCACCAAAAGUUCUCUUAUAGACUCCUCUUGCACCUAAAGACACUCGACUAAGAUCUUCCUAAGUUCUGCUCUCCCACCCAAAUUAAGGUUGUGCCUCCUAGGCGAAGAGUGGCUAUUUGGAUCUUCGAAGCAUCAUCGGUAAACCUCUGGAUCCUGCAAUAAACUUCAAGUUGUUUUAUCCAAUCAUCAAGUUUCUCUGCAUUCACUUCUCCAUUAUACGUUGGCAAUUCAAAUUUAACAUGAAGCUUUAACAAAGGUGAAUUAGAUUCUAGUUUCACAGGUUGUUGCUUCUUUGAAAAACAAGUAGAUGAAGAAGAUGAAGAGGAUGGAGAUGGAGGUUCAAGAGGGUCACUACCACCUCCUACUCCUUUACAUUUGUCAUCUUUUGUAGAGGAUUCACCUUCCUCCUUCUUUCUUUCCUUGCCUUCCUUUUUCCUCUUCAUGUCCUUCUACAACUCUUCAACCAUCAUCUUCAUGUAUAGGAACGCUUUACAAAAUUGUUUUUUAUUCUCAAUGAGUUCAGGAUUAACAAAUUUUCCUUCUUCCGGUUGUGCCAUGGUUGAUCUUCGAGUAUGUUGUCUUGAUAUGAUCUCUGGAUUAAACUCUUCAAGUGCACCUUCUCCUUGCUUUAAUUUCAACCUGGUUAACAUCCACCACUUGCAAGUUUUUUUGUUAUACUACUCUAACACCAACUUGAUAUGUAAUCAAAGCUUACAAAUUAAAUUAUGCUUAAUUCAAAUUACAGAUGUAUCUCGAUUGCAAACGGAAUUGUGUGGCUAUGUCUUUUAACCAUUGAAAUACAGAGUUAGGUUCACUUAAUCAGCUAUAACUUUAUGACAUUAACUAAUUACUUCAAUUUCACAAUUAAAACUUAAUGAAGGAAUUAAAACAAAAAUGGAAAGAAUAAGAGAGAAUUAUAAGACGUAAGAAAAGAAGAGAGAUCACAAGCUUGAUAACGGAGUUCGCUCAAUAUGAGCUACAUCUCUGGGUCUGCUUCUCAUUGUAGGAUAGCUUUAUUGAUGACACCAAACAUUAAUCACCUGAUUAUAUCAUCCAAGCUUUUAACCUACACCAAAAGUUCUCUCACAAUAUCCUCUUGCACCUAAAGACACUCGCGUACUCUCCUGCUUAGGUUAGGCUUCAAUUGCCUCUUAACCCAGUUACACUAGAAGGUAUUACAUUUUGACAAAUGUCUUUGUGCUUACAAAAAUCAUCAAGACUUCUAUUCUCCAAUUUCCUCUCAAAUGAAAUUCUAAGUCUCCAAUAUCAAGACAGUCCAGUUUCUUAUGUUGUAUUAUACUCCGGCGUAUAGACAUUUCCUUCAAUAAAAAGUUUUUAAAUUUAUAAUUGAAAAAAAAAUCUCAAUUACUAACAACCCCAUUUUAAUUACAUUUUUGUUUUUGCUUUUCCUAUAUUCAGUGAUCUGAAGAAGCUGUGUGAUGAUGUCGUGUCUGCCGUGGUUAAGGAAAAGCAAAAGAGAAAAAUUCUUUUCCAAGUUGCAAAAUAUGAGGUAGGACUUGAUGAGCUUGUGAAAGAUUUCUACAGCCAUUGCCAGAGAAAUGGACAGAUGAGAGAUAAAAUAAUUGGCAUCUUUGGAAUGGGAGGGUCUGGCAAGACCACUCUCGCCAAAUAUUUGUUCAAUCACAAACAUUCAGAAUUUAGUGGAUCAACUAGUUUGUUUGAUGUGCGGGAAAACCAUGUCAAAGGUAAACUGACUUCUCUGCAAAGUAAGCUUAUCAAUGAUCUGGGAGGGGAAAUAAAUCAUCAUAAUGAUUUGGAAGGAAAAAGGAAUCAGCAUAAAUUUCGUAGUACAGAAGAUGGAAUUGCUGUUAUCAAGGAUUACCUUCAAAAAAGCUCAGAAUUAAAGUUCCUUGUGCUUCUAGACGAUGUUGAUCAUCAGACUCAGUUAGAUGCCCUAUUGCCCACAGAUGCUCUCAAUCACAAUAGUUUGGUGAUUGUCACAACCCGGGACGAGAGGCUUCUUAUAAAGGCCGGAGUCAGAGUCCGUUAUAAGAUGAUGGAAAUGAAUCAACAGCAUAGCAGAGAGCUCUUCUGCUGGCAUGCGUUUCAUAGAAAAUCUUGUAAAAGUGAAUUUGAUAAUUUGGUAGACAGCUUUGUCAAAGUGUGUGGAGGAUUACCACUUGCUCUUCAAGUAAUGGGCGGGCAUGUUUUUGGCAGUGACAAAGCUUAUUGGAAGUUACAAUUAAAUGUUGCUAAGGAGGCAAGAGUACACAAAGACAUAAAACAUAAGCUUAAGAUAAGCUAUGAUGCUCUGGAAGAGGAUGAGAAACAGAUAUUUAUGGAUGUAGCAUGCUUUUUCAUAGGGGAAGAUGUGAACAGGGCCAAAAGUAUAUGGAGGGCUUCAGGGUGGAGAGCUGAACAUGGACUUCAGACUCUCAAGGACAGAUGCCUUGUUGAAGUGGAAACUUGUUUAGAAAUGAAGGACUAUUCGAAAUGCCAUUAUGAGCCAGGAUUUAAAUUGAGAAUGCAUGACCACCUCCGUGACUUAGGGAGAGAAAUGGCAGAUAAUGAAACGAGCCAUCCUCGUCGGCUGUGGCGUCCUGAAGAUCGUAUUGAUAUUAGCGAAUUCGAGGGAAUCCAAGACACCCAUCCUGACUCCAAAGGAAAAAGUUUCAGAUGUUUCGCGCGUGACCUUAUACGUGCUGAAGCUCUUGAUAUAACAUAUUUUCUGGGGAGUUCAAAGGCAUCAACUUCUUUACAAUGCCUUCAACUUGAGCCUAUGUACUCUUUAAGUCGUCAAAGAGUAUUAACUAUUCCUGAAUGGAUUCCUCUACAGAAUUUGCACACUUUAAGUCUUCAAAGAGUAUUACCUACGAUAUUGAGGCAAAGGGAUGACCAGGUUCCAGUCAAGUUGAAAGAGCUAUACUGCAACUUUUAUCCUCCGAUAUAUUUAAGCUUCAAUCAUGAUGUGCUUAUGACACAUUUAAACGAACUAGUGAGUUCUUUCGGAACGCUCAAACAUCUGGAGAAUUUGCACCUAAAAUUUAAAACUCUUUUCUCAAACUUGAAUAUCGAAUGGAAUUUGUUGCUGAAAUCUGUAAGAGAACUCACCAAUCUGAAAACUUUAAAGCUGGCAUCGUUUGCUGCUGUAGAAGGGGAUAUUGCUUUAAGCAACAGGGGAGAGACAACUGAUGAUCGGUUUUGUAUGAGAAGCCUUGAAGCCAUAUCUCUGUGUGAGGUAGGGGACACAAGGAAGGUCUCAAUUCAUGGACAGUUCUGUCCCACCUUGAAAUCUCUUAAGCUUUGUUCUAUGACAGAUCUAAGUGAAGUAGAUUUAACAGGGGUAACCACACUGGAAUGUCUUCUGCUGUUCGACUGUGAAAAGUUGACAAAAGUGUUGAGCAAUUAUAUGCCAGAACUUGAAAUGGUCCACAUAAAAUUAUGCAAGACUAUGACAGAGUUGCCAAAUUUUGGGCAUGUCAGUUGUCUCAAGAGGAUCUAUAUUAGCCGCUGUCGGGAUCUACAGGAUAUAUCAGCAAUUGAAAGAUUGAAGGGACUGGAGAGGAUAUGGAUUGCUUAUUGUCCAAAGCUGAAGAGUAUAAAAGCUAUUGAAGAAUUGAAGGGGUUGAGAAGAAUCUGGAUUGAGGACUGUCCACAGCUGGAGGGUGUAAUUUGUUUUAAAGAAUUGAAGGAGUUGAAGAGAAUCUUCAUUGGGGGUUGUCCGAAGCUGCAGAAUAUAAGGGGUAUUGAAGAAUUGAAAGGACUGAAGGAGAUGAUGAUUGCAGUCUGUCCUAUAAUAAGUGUCGUUGAAAGGUUGCAGAGAUUGCCGUCGGAGCUUACAAUUCUAGCAGGGAGAUGGACGCCAGAUUGGGAAGGACUUGAGUCCAAAUGGACAUCGCUCAUGUCAGAUCUAAAAAAAUUGGGGACACAUUGUUUCUGUGAAAUAAAUUUCUUGUGUCGGGAAAAGGUAGAGGAGACGAUCCACUCGUUUCAUAAAACCCAGCAUUCGCUCAGUAGAAUCAUCUUUUGCGCUCUCGUUUCGGAGCAUGUUUACAUAGGGAGCGAAAUUUUGAUUAGGAGGAAGUUGGUUGGUGAUGGUGCAUUUUUCUCAUUUCGUGAUGGCGGAUGGACGAUAUGUACGUGCGUGGUUAAUGAAGAAAGGCUCUCAAAAUAUGACUCCUGGAUGCCCCAAAUUAGUGUACCAAAAAAAGGGUUUAUAAUGGGAGUGGAGGCAGGUGAAGAAAGGAAAACCAUUCACAUAUUGCAAACCAUAUUUGCUCAACAAUACGUUAACAAUGGCGAAUAUUGUGACCGCGUUAAAAUCGGUUAUGUUUAUUGGCCUAACAAAGAUCAAGAAGAAGAUGAUGGUGUGUAA